AUGGAGGCCGAGCAAGCAGAGAAAUCUCAAAUCAUCAAUAACAACAAUACUCAUUCCGCGACAUCAUCGUUUAAGAUGAAGCCUUCCACGACCUCAGCCAUCCAUCCAAAAGCUUCUGUUUACAAAAAAAGAGGCAACUUUAGCACCAAUGCCAUCGUACCUGUCAGUGAUUCAUGGGAUGGUAUGAUUGAUAAUUCCAUUCAAUUAAAGGACGGCAUUGGGAAUGAAAAGCAACCACACUCCUUUUUGGAGGACAAAAUUCAACAAUUUUUCAUAUUCAUUGCCUCCAUGAAAUUAGAACGAUCCAUGAAUCCCUUGUUGUGUUUGAGUCUUCACUUGAUGAUGAUUUAUCAAACACUUUCGUUGGGAAUUUCUAUUGAUUAUGGAUGGGGAGAAUAUGGAAGAUAUAUUGUCCACGCUUUGGUUGCUCCGAGAACCUUUGGAUUUCAAUUUCUGCCAUACUAUGGAUUUGUAGCAUUAUUUUCAAUUAUGUGUCUUGUUGAAUGUAUCGGAGGAGUAAUCAUUUUCAUCACUUAUCGAUCGUUAAUAUAUGGAAGCAAACAUUGGAAGAAAAUUCGAACGGCUGGAAGAAGCGUGUUUGCUACCAUGACUUUUCUUGCCUUGCCAAUGACAUUUGCUUUGAUGCAAGGUUUUUGGGAUUGCGAUUAUUCAAAAACAGUUGAACUUCAGAAAGGUGUUCCAACAUUUGUGCUCUCCAACUUCCCAACCGAAGCAUGUUGGGGAACCAUGAAUGCUGUUUUUGCAAUACUGUCCCUUGUGUUGGUUUUGAUUCAAGUGUUGAUCACAAUGGGAACAGUUAUGAUUUUUUGCGACACAUUUGUGAAAUCUAAAGCAAAAUUCUUAUUGUUGGACCCAUUUCUCAUCUCUUAUGUGAUUGGAUCCAAUCAACUCUAUUUGAUCAUCUCCAUUGCAACACCUAAAUUUGUGAGCUUUUUAAGACCCAUAUAUUACGCAUUGUUUUCUCUUGGAUUCAUUGUUCUAUUGUAUUGGAAUUUACCGUUUGUAAGGAGAAGAGCCAACUCUGUAUAUGGCGGUGUUGGAUUUGCAAGAGUGGGUAUUGCUGUUGGCUCCUUGGUUGCUUCAUUGGUAAAUUCAAGAGAUGCAUGGGAAAUUGGUCUUGGCAUUGUGUUUGGCCCACUAUUAUUGGCCUUAGUUGGUUUUAUUAUUGGCUUUUUCGUGACUGAUUUCUACACAAAACAAAUUUUCAACAGAGGUUAUGAGAUUGUCAAGCUUGCACUCACAAAUGACAUACAUUUCAAUGAUCGAGACUUGAAACCAGUGAGUGCGUUUCUUCAAUUCUCAAUUAAGGACACACAACAAAACAAACGAUUGGUAUUGGAUUUUAUUGAAGUAGCACAAAAUUCAGAUCGGCUAAACGCCCACAUGCUGCUUCUUUUUGCUCUUUAUCUGAAAGAUGUUUCCCACACUCCUCAUUAUUUUGCCUCUCUACAACUGUUAAGAAGAGCAGGCAAAGAAAUCUCAGCAAGCAUAUUUAUGAGAUAUAACAUUUUCAUAAGAACGCGAGAAUGUGAAAAAAGUUUAUCGAACGGUCGUUUAAACAGUGCAUCCGAAAUUAUUUUAGAGGGAGUUAAAUUUAAAAUGAAGAAGCUGAGAUACUUGAUUGUUCAAUUUUGGAAGAACUUACUUGCAUCCAUGGACGUCAACGAUUUAAUUCAACACAUUCAGUCUCUAAGUUCUGACUGCGACAUUACCUUCAACAAUCUGAUGUUGGAAAAUGAAGACGACCCACUUUUUCAAAAAUUGUACACGGAGUAUCAGGAAGAAUUGAGUUUUACAAUGGACACUGUUUUUGAACCAAAGGAUGUUCAAAACGUAGUUAAGGAGAGCUCGUCUGAUCAUCAUUUACUGGAUGUUCCUUUCAUGGACGACAAUUUAGAUUCAGCAUCUCAAGCCGAAGAGGAAACAGUGGACAAGCAACAAGAAAUUGUUUCAAACGCCAUCAACAAAAGAGAGUCGAACCGUCCAAUAUUUUAUUUUCUCGUAUCAUUUGGAAUUGUGUCUGCUUUCUUUGUUGUAGUGUUAAUGUCAGUCACAUUUCCACUGUUAACAUACUUUACAAAUUUGGAUUUACUAUCAACCAGUGCAUCACUACCAUCGUUACCUUACUCGACCGUAGUUAAUAUUGAAAGUAGUAAUAUUUCAAAAACAGCUAACUUGAUAACAUACAACCAAUCCCUCAAAUUUGGAAUAGAACAAAUUGAAAAUGUUGAAUUACUAUUUGAUCGUGGAGUACCUGAUCAAGAAAUAACUCUCCUUUUUAAUAGCAAUGACAAGAAAUUUGUUUUCGACGAAAGUACUGAGCUAGUACAAAAUAGUUCCAAUUCGUGGCUUGUCAAAAAGUUGAAACAAGUCAUUUAUCCAAGAAUUAAUAGCUCAUCAUUACUUGCACCAACAAACAAUUAUUUUGAGUUUUUGAAAACGAAUGCUGAAUUUUUUACAAACUGUUUACUUGAGUUCUUUUCCAACAGUAAUGAACUUCAAGCAACACACAAUGAACAAGCUCAGAUUUCAUUUAUCAUUGUUGGAACUGUAAUUAUUUGCUCGUAUUUUAUAUAUGUUGCAGUUAUAGCUUUCUUUGCAUUCAAAUUUAUUCGGCAACGAAAACUCAUAACACAACUAUUCACACGAAUUCCAAAAGAAGAGACCAAAAAGAUUAUAUCUAACUUGGAAAAGCGUUCCACUUCCAAAAUUGUUAGCACUGACAAACUUGUACCAGCUUCUUAUAAGACUUUGUUUUUUGUAAUUGCGUGCUUCUUAGUGACCUGUUGUGCAUUGUCAUUAAUGAUGGCUGACGGUAUUAAUAGCUUCAACUCUAACUUUGUUGGUUUGAAAAAGCUUCAGCUAGCUGCAAAAACAAUGCUACUUUCUCAAACCUUGAGAUAUCAAUUAUGGAACAAGUUGAACGUAGUGACUAAUUUCACACAAGCUUCUCAUGACUCUCUGACCUCCACAUUAGGAGAAUUUGAUAGUGUUUGGAAUUCAUUUCGUUAUGGUUCUGCUUUAGAUGCAUAUCACAGCUUGACAGGUUACUCUUCAAACAUUAAUAGUUUAAUUUUAAACAGAAACAACAUGAGUUGUAACGAAUUCAGUUGCCUUUCAUUAGAUGACCAAGUUGCAAACUUUAGAUCAAACAUUUUACUGUACAAGGACCUGACUCAAAAUCUCACCUCUACUAAGCUUCAUACAUUUUUGAUGCAAGAAAGCUUUGAGAUUAUUGUAAGCUUCAAUAACGUCACCCAAUUAUUGCGACAAACACUUGAAUCUAGUCGCUCGUUGAUGUCUAUUAUUGCUGUUGUGGUCUGCUGUCCAUUAUUAUUUAUUGCGUCCUUUUGGCUGUUCGUCACUGUUUCCACUUUGCAAGAAGAAAACUUUAGAUUGAGAAAACUAUUCAAUUAUGUACAGUGGGAAAUAAUCGAUGCUGACGAAGAAAUUAGAAAUUACAUUUUCUUUUAUUUUUUAUCCGCCGGAAAUGGAAGAGCCAAAUUAAAACAAAAGAUAUCGAAAGAGAGAGCAGUCCUUGAAGCAGCAUUAACAUGUGCAACCAUUUGCAGUGCUGGUGGAACGAUCGACAUUUUCAACUCAUCAUCAGAAAAGUUGUUUGGUUAUCGUGGAGAUCAGAUAAUUGGCUUCCAUUUAAGCAAGUUAUUCGAUAGAGAAUCUAUAUCAAAACUUGAACCUAUAUUAGCAAAGAUGGCUUUUAGUGCUGUCAGCUAUGCAGAAACAAUUGAACUCGUUGGUCAAAGGAAGAAUAACAGCAAAUUUCCUCUUGAGCUCAGAAUCUCAGUAGGGGUUUUGGACGGAAGAAAUAUUAUUGCUUGUUUUAUGCGAGAUAUUACAGAGUACAAAAAACAAACAAUGGAAUUGGCAGAGGAAAAAAAGAAAAGCGAGUCAUUGUUAAUGAACAUUAUGCCAGAGAAUAUCGCUCAACGGCUGAUAGCUGGAGAGACCUUUAUUGCAGACAAGUAUGAGGAUGUUACCUGCUUUUUCAGUGAUUUGUACGGAUUGUUGGAUUUAAACCUUUCUGCGUAUGAACUCGUUCAAACCUUAAAUUUAAUCAUUCACCAAUUCGAUGACUUGACCAUUGCCUUAAAUGUAGAGAAAAUCAAGACCAUUGGUUCAAAAUAUUUCUGUUGUGGAGGAUUGAAGCCAGACACUUCGACAGAUGUUCCUCAUUUAGAACGAAUGUUUGAUUUUUCAGUUCAAUUAUUUGACGUGGUCGAAUCAUUCCGUCAGGAGAAUGCUCUCAAUAUCGGAUUGAAGGUUGGUAUUCAUACAGGACCCGUCGUUGCAGGUAUUUGUGGAUUGUUAAAAUACGCAUUCGAUAUAUGGGGAGACACCGUCAAUAUAGCAUCACGAAUGGAAAGUACAUGUCCAUCCAAUCACAUUCAAGUCACCUCCACCUGUUAUCACAAAUUGAAAGACAAGUACAAGUUUCAAGAACAGAGCAUUGAGGUCAAAGGAAAAGGGUUGAUGCAAACCUAUCUUUUCAAACCAGAGCGAGCUUCAUCAGCAAUUCCAUCCAUGUUAGUCACAAAUGACCUCAUGAGUUCACGAGAAAGUCUUAAUACUUCUAAACGAAGUUUAAAAGCAUUCUUAAUAUCUCAUUCUUCGAGUAGAAAUGCCAUUCAAGACAUACUCACCAGUAAUGAAGAAGAAAAUCAAGAGUAA